AUGGUUCCAUCAUAUAUUAUUGUUGCACUUUCUGCUUUGGGUAUCAGCACAUUCAUUGGGUUUGCUACCAAUUUGUUUAUCAUUGUAGCCCAUGGCAUGGACAGAGUUAAAGGCAGGAAUAUUAACCCAAGAGAACUGAUCCUGUUCACUCUAGGACUCUUCAAUAUCACCUUCCAGUGCACAAUGGCUGCCAAUGAUACAGUUCUCUUUCUGUGGAGUGAUCUGUAUUUCUCUGACAAUGUCUAUGCAGUCUUCUCUGUCCUUCUGCUCUUCACAAUUUUCUCCAGUUUCUGGUUCACCUUCUGCCUCUGUGGUUUCUAUUAUGUAAUGCUUGUUACAUUUGAACAAACAUUCUUCAUGAGGCUGAAACAGCGAAUCUCGCACGUCGUCCCUUGCACGCUGUCCUCCUCAAUUUUGCUGUCUCUAACAAUCAGUGUCCCGGUGGCAUGGAACAUCACGAGGAGUGAUUAUUCUGGCUCAGUAGAGGGAAAUCUCAUUUCUAACUCUACCACAGAGCUCAGCACUCCUGGUUUAAUAGAUGGAAACUUCCCCAAUAACUCCACUUUGGAAUUCAAUACGCCUUAUGAGUUACUUCAUGGAAACCUUACUAAUAACACCACUAUAGAAUACAGCAUACCUCAAAUGAGCCUUCAAUAUCUGCUGGUCACCAGUAUAAUUGGCUGUUGCAUUCCUCUCGUCUUGGUUGCUGUUGCCAAUAUACUUAUUAUAAAGUCCCUUUGUGUCCAUGCCAAUCGUCUUGGAAAAAACAGUGGAGGAAUGAGUGUGCAGAGUGUGGAUGCAAGUGUGUCUGCUGCUCGGACUGUCACCUCCCUCCUUAUUCUAUACAUAAGCUUUUACAUUUCACAAAUCUUGCUAAUUAUGGGUAUCUUUGAUGCUUACAGUCUUUGGUUUUCUGUUUGUUUGCUUGUUACAUACGCCUACUCUCCAAUUCAGUCAAUAAUUCUAAUAUUUGGCAGCCCAAAACUUAAGAGCACACUGGUAAAGAUUGUCAGCUUCCCAAAUUGUACCAAAGUCAAAUCCCCAAGUGAAACUAUUAAGGCAAUAACCUCACAAACAUUAAGUCAAACAAAUAUUAUAUAA